AUGAGGACGACGGUGGUGCUACCCGUUCUUUUGGCAGUGCUCGUCACUGGACACGGUGUUCACGAAGAAGAUCCAAAGCUCGCGGAUGCCGACUAUGCCAUUCGUCACAUGGCCACGGAGCACCACAUAGACUCGUUUGACCUAGAAAGCUUCUUCCAGUUGCACGAUCUUGACCAGAAUGGCGUAUGGGAUCGAGAGGAGAUAGAAGCCAUCUAUGGUGUUCACCAUGUCUACUCACAGAAGAAGUCCAAGGACGAAAUCGAACACAAGGAGAAGGCUGACUACAUCGUCGAAACCGUCCUCAAGGCCCUGGACAAAGACGGUGAUGGGAAGGUAACGCCCGAGGAAUUCGCUGCCGCUGGAUUGAAAGGUCUACCUGCGUUUGACAAUAUGGGUGCAGAGGGCCACCACUACGACGUUGAAAGCGAGUUUUUCCUCCAUCACGAAGAACAGUACCAUUCCACUCCAGAAACACAGACUGAAGAGUCGUACAAUCAUCCUGAAGACAGAGAGCACUUCUCUCAUCACGAAGCUAUCGAACGCCAAGAGUAUGAACGAGAAGCUCGGUACCAGGGCAUCUCCGUAGAGGAGGCCAUGCAAGCGCAUGAACAAGUGCCGAUCCGCCAACCGGCCGAGUCCGCUCCUAGACCCAAGAUUACGAGAGGUGUACCACCAGAGAAGCAAGACCCUUCAGUAAGGUUCAAGGACAUCAACAAGGAUAGUGCUACCCAGUCGGAGUGGGGAACUGGCGAUCAAGGCUACAAACAACCGAAAUCUCCCGCAGAGAGACUCAGGAAAAAUACGCCCUACAAGGAACGAAUACAGUAUAAGUUCCGUCGCAGCUGGGGCGACUUCUGA